AUGCCAUCCCUUACUGAGCUGGCUGAGCAGGCCCUCGUCUUGGCCAAGCGCCUGGACUCUUACACGGACACCCAUAACCUACCACCAGUGUCCCUCGAUCAGGACACACUCUCCCUCGAUAAGCUGCCCCAGGAGCUAAGAGAUGCGCGCCACGAACUGGGUGACACUGCACAGUUGAUAAAGCGUCUUGCUAAUGACCCCGUCCGGAAUCUUAUGGAGACCAUGUUCAGUUUUACCGAUCUUGCCUCUCUGAAGGCUGUGUUCGAGUAUGACCUACCAGCCAGAAUACCAUUGGAGCCAUCCAACAAGACGAUUUCAUGCUCUGAGAUUGCCCAGAUGAGCGGGAUGCCGCAAGGUCUCUGCAGGCGUAUGAUAGUCCAUGCCAUGGAGAAUGGUAUCUUUAUAGACGCUGGGGACGGCCAAGUUGGGCAUUCGUCAGUGUCUCGUCUGUUAGCGACAGAUCCCGCAGCUUUCCAAACAGUUGGUAUGAUUUUGGAAGAGCUUGCACCGGCAACUAUGCGUAUUCCGGAAGCACUGCGGAAGUAUGGAACUUCCAGCGAACCCAAUGAAACUGCUUACAACAUGGUGAAUGAUACAUCAUUGCCAAUCUAUCGCUUUUUGGAAGAGCGGCCAGACCGUCGAUCGCGUUUCGGCACAACUAUGGGAUUCUUCUCUCGCGACCAGGGAUUCAAUAUAGAGCACUUGGUUAACGGCUUCCCGUGGAAAGCCAUUGAUCGACCUGGCGCAGUGGCGGUAGAUAUUGGUGGGGGUGUGGGCGUUGUAUGCCACAAGUUGGCCGAAGCGACGGACCAUUUGAAAUUUAUAGUGCAAGAUUUACCAACACCCAUCAAAUUGGGCCGGCAGCAGCUUCCGGAGGCGGCGCAGUGGCGCGAUCGAGUCGACUUUAUGGUAGCGGACUUUCUCGCUCAAGACCAGCCGGUUAUUGGAGCUGAAGUGUAUUUCUUCCGCUGGAUCCUGCAUAACUGGGGUGAUGAAUAUUGUGUGCAGAUCUUACGACGGCUGGUACCAGCCAUGCGAAAUCACUCAAAGGUGGUUAUCUAUGACUACCUUUUGGCAGAGGGGCCGGAAUAUAAGUGGAGUCGGAAGCAUGGCCGGAACCUUGACUUGGUCAUGUACGCCUGCUGGAAUGGGAGCGAGCGUACGCUGACGGACCUAACUCGAAUCUUUCAGCAGGCUGAUAAGCGAUAUGUGGUCGACGAGGUCUCGAGGCCACCUGGGAGUUCCAUGAGCAUUGUAUCCUUUGGAUGGAAAGAGCAUGCUGUGGACUCGUCUCGUCAAACAACCUGUACCAAAUAG